AUGGAUGACGUUUUCGAACAAACAUCAAUAAAUCGCCUUCGUUCACUAAAUCACACUCAGAGGUCGAUCGAAAAGACAUCCCAGUUCUUUAUCAAGAAUCGCCACUUAGCUCCUGAAUUAGUUAAACUCUGGUGUAAAGAAUUUCACACUGCUCCUGCCGAACAAAAGCUCGCUUUCUUACACCUUGUAAACGAUGUUCUUGUUAAUGCCAUGGAAAGGGCUCCUCAAUUUAUCCAACUCUUUGAGCCCGUUCUCCCACUGGCUUUUGGUGAAGCAGCAAUGGUUCAGUCUCACCAAAUUCGCUCAGCAGUUGCUCACCUUUUGGUAGUAUGGGCUGAUAGAAAGAUCUAUCCGCGCACUUUCCUUCGUCGCUUACGUUCAGAAUGCCAACGUUCUGCUUCUCAAGCUGAUAAUGAAAACCCUGUAAAUGCUGUGAUAGAAACCACCUUUGUCUCACUUCCACAAUUCUAUCUUCUUUGUGUGGCACUUAUUUAUUUAUUUAUUUCAAAUGGCAGGCGUUUUGAUAGAUAUCAUUAG